AUGUCUGGGGACGAGAGGUUUUGGCCGGAGAACACCAUCAUCAAGGCGGUGGUGUUAGACUUUGACAAGACCAUCACAAUCAAGCACACGCGUGGCGUGGUGUUUCAGCCGUCGCAGCUCGAGCCCGAGAACAUUGAGCGAAACUUUGUUGAUAUCGCCUUCUUUAGGCGGAUGGUGGAGGGCGUUCGCAAGGCCAACCCCUCGGUCAAGCUGUGCAUCGCCACUUUUGCAGACGAGGAAGAGGAGGCCCUCUGCUCAGGGCGUGCCCUCGUGCGCAAGUACCUGGAGAUUGCGUUUCCCAACAAGAGCACAGAAUACUUCCCAGAUGAGCACAUCCAAGCGUUCAACCCGGAGAACCAGGACAUGGAUGCCCGCAAGGUCGGCAAGGUUGAGGAGGCCAGCAGCAACGACAACGACGACGACGAUGAUGGCGAUGACGAUGGAGACGGUGAUGGCGUGCCAAAGGUCAAGGGCGGGCUUGGUCGCGAGGUUUGGGACAAGUUCCUGCACAUGGAUACGGCGGGUGGUGGUGGCGGCGCAUGCUCCCUCCAGUAG